AGGAUGUACACAUUAAACAGAUUUACUCUGUUAAAGUAACUGAAUGUUCACCCUCAAAAUUUCACUUCUCCUUUCUCAUGGACGGACAGUUCACUGGAAUGUAAUAAUUGGAACUUUACUGUUGAUGAGCUCAGCAACAGUAGCUAAAAGAGCCGACGCAGGGACACGUCCUGCCAAACCAUCUGUGGCAUGCCCUCUCGUAUGACUGACAGCCAGAAUGGAGAGGGCUCCAGGUCGUAAUGUUGACAGCAGAUUCAACACACUGAUAUGUGAAGAGGACAUGCACGAUGAGGGGCAACCUAAUUACUCUUUCCCUUUCUCUGAUGAAGGCAUGCAACAAGCACCCAGAUCUAGUAUGACGCAUCACAGACUGGCUCCAGUGAGCCUGGUGCUCCUCGCUGUUGUUCUACUCAUGGUUGAUAUCGGCCUGGGGAUCCACUACAACGACCUCAAAGAUACCCACCUCACACCUGAAGAUACAGAACGCAUCAGCCAAGACUUGACGGCUCUCCAGGACACUUACAAAGCCGCCAUCGAAUCCAUGAACGAUUACAUGAAGCAGCGGAACAUGGAGGAGAGUCGUCAGACACAAACCAACUGGGAGAUGGAACACCAGACAAAAAGAAGCACAGACUACAAAAAAACUGUUGCUAAAAUGACAGAGGACAUCGCCUCCCUGAGAUACCACUUACCGAUGACUAGGGAUGGCUGCAUACAAUGUCCACCAGGAUGGAUUUUAAGGAACUCAAUGUGUUACUACUUCGCUUUCUCCAAAAUUGAUGGAUUGAAGUCAUGGCCAAAAGCUAGGGAAUUCUGCCAAAGUCAUGGAGGUGACCUUGCAAUCAUAGACACUAAAGACAAAGAGAAUGCAACGGUGACUCACUUGUUAGGAAAGCUGGACCCAGAAGUCAGACAGGGCUUUUGGAUGGGACUGAAAAAUACAAACGUGAAGGGGAUUUGGAAGUGGUUGAAUGGAAAGACACUGGUUGAAGGGUACUGGAUGGAUGGAGAGCCAAACAAUAUCGAUCAUGAGGUCUGUGUCGCGGUGUAUGCCAAAGAGAACUUCUUCAUGGCUUGGAAUGAUGUUCGAUGUGAUGCCCAAGUGUUGAAAUGGAUUUGUGAAAAAGCCCCAACUAAUGUGAGCUAACAGUUUGCGUUUUUAUGCUCAGCUGUGUUCAUCAGUGUUAACUCCACCUAAGAAACUUUUGAAAAUAUUUUUUCUUACAACUUUUAAAGAACAGAAUGUCUGUAUGCACACAUCUAAUGAAGUGGCCACAAUAUACUUUACUGCAAUGCAAUUAAGAUACAUUUCUGAUGUAACCACUGCCGUGGUGUUUUCUUUCUGUAACUCUCCCAACAUACCAUCUGUUUGUUUAUUUACUGCUUUGUAAUUUAGUAACAUAAUUACUACAGUAAUGGCUUUGUUCUAAAGGAAAAAGUGAAAUUAUAAUGGUUUACUUUAUUUCUGAUCUGUAAAGACUAAAUAAAUGGUUUAUUGGUCAAUCA